CAAUAACACAAUGGCAUCAAAAACAGCUAUAGUACUCGGUGGAACUGGCGCGGUUGGAAAGGCACUCGUAAGGGAUCUGUUGGUAAAUGGAAGUUACGAAAAGGUUGUUGCCAUUGGAAGAAGACCAGUUGAACUUGACUCGAAUGUUCCUCAAGAGAAACUUGUUCAAAAGUCAGUUGACUUUGAUAAUCUCGACAAAUAUCGACAAGCCUUUAAUAACGCCAGUGAUGUGUAUUGCUGUCUUGGAACUACUCGAGCAGCGGCUGGUACUGCAGAGAACUUUGUAAAGAUUGACCAGACCUACGUGCUUAACUCAGCCAAGAUUAUUGCGGAACAGAAUCCACCAAAAGAUAAUGAGAAGCUGAGUCCAGUACACUUUUUGUACUGUUCGUCUAGGGGUUCAAAUAAGGAUUCUGUUUUCUUGUACCCAAGAUCAAAGGGACAGACAGAAGAAGGCUUAAAACAGACUGGAUUCCAAAAAGUGAGUCUGUUUCACCCAGGAAUAUUGAUCGUCGAGGAGCCAAGACCCGAACGCAGACUUGCUGAAGCGGUUGUGGUCAAUUUGGUUCCUAGCUUCAGUCGGUUCUUUGGACUAAGCUGGUAUGCUCCGGUCGGGUCGGUUGGUAGUGCGAUGCGUAAGGUUGGGGAGGGAUAUAAUGUUCCGGAAAGCAAAACCAAGGUGUUUGAACCAACUGGUACAAAGGUUAAUGAGUUUAGUAAUGUCGACAUUGAUCUUAUUUCACCCCAUGACUAAAGAAGAAAAAGAAGACAAUUGUAUAUUUUAAUAAAGUAAUCAUAAUUCAUCAU